UGAAAUUGUAAAUUCUAUAUUAUAAUUUACUGCUGAUUCCAUUACAGUACUCUCACUUUCUCUCUCUCUCUCUCUCUCUCUCUCUUUAUAAAUAUAUAUAAUACUUCAAAACACCUAAUUUCAUUCUUUUAUUUCUAUUGUAUCUGUGGCCACUUCUGCGACCCAAAUUAACAACAUUAUGGGUUCUCAUCAUCAGAAUCAAGAGGAAUUAGCAGUAGAAAACCAUGACGAUACUAAUACUUCUCCUUUGCUAAUAAGUUCCAUAGAACAAGCUGAUCAUAUUACACCAUCAGCAUCAGCACACUCGUCGGAUUCUCGUCUCGAGAAAAUACUUUCAGACACCGAACUGCCUCUCACCAAUCGUCUCUGGCAAGCCUCCUGUAUCGAAUUCAAACUCCUCUUCCGCUUAGCUGCUCCCGCAAUCUUCGUCUAUUUAAUCAAUAAUUCCAUGUCACUCUCCACUCGGAUUUACGCCGGCCACCUCGGUAACCUCGAGCUCGCCGCCUCCUCCCUCGGCAACAGCGGCAUCCAACUCUUCGCCUAUGGCCUCAUGUUAGGGAUGGGAAGCGCGGUGGAAACGUUAUGCGGUCAAGCAUAUGGGGCCAAAAGAUACGAUAUGCUUGGGAUAUAUCUACAAAGAGCCACUGUAGUUCUCACCAUAACUGGUCUUCCCUUAACUAUCGUUUACGUUUUAUCAAAACCGCUCUUGCUUUGGCUUGGCGAGCCGCUUGAGCUGGCUUCCGCCGCGGCUCUCUUCGUGUACGGAUUAAUACCACAAAUCUUCGCUUACGCAGUCAACUUUCCGAUACAGAAGUUUCUCCAAUCUCAGAGCAUCGUCACUCCCAGUGCGUAUAUAUCGGCGGUCACGUUGAUUUUCCACUUGGUGGCUUGUUGGGCCGUGGCCUUCGAAUUGGGCUUUGGGCUUAUUGGAAUUUCUCUGGUUUUGUCGUUGUCGUGGUGGAUCAUCGUUGGGGCCCAAUUCGGUUACAUUUUGGUAAGCGAUAAAUGUAAGAUGACGUGGAAUGGGUUUAGUGUAGAGGCGUUUUCUGGGCUGUGGGAGUUUUUCAAGUUGUCAGGUGCUUCGGCGGUGAUGCUUUGUUUGGAGACAUGGUAUUUUCAGGUUUUGGUUCUCAUCACUGGCUUACUAGAUAACCCUCAGCUUGCUUUGGAUUCUAUCGCCGUUUGCAUGGCCAUAAACGGCUUAGUGUUCAUGGUUUCUGUCGGCUUCAACGCAGCUGCGAGUGUAAGGGUGAGCAAUGAAUUAGGAGCUGGAAAUGCAAAAUCAGCAGCGUUCGCAGUAAAAGUAGUGAAUUUGAUAUCAUUCCUGAUAGCGGUGGCGGAAGCCAUCUUAGUGCUCUCGCUUCGCCACGUCAUCAGCUAUGCUUUUACCGGCGGUGACACGGUGGCCGAGGCUGUCUCUGAUCUCUGUCCUUUCUUAGCUGUCACUCUUGUUCUUAAUGGUGUUCAACCUGUCUUAUCUGGGGUGGCUGUUGGGUGUGGAUGGCAAGCAUUUGUGGCAUACGUGAAUGUGGGUUGUUAUUAUGUAGUGGGGGUUCCUUUGGGCUGUUUGCUGGGCUUUAAAUUUGACCUUGGUGUUAAGGGAAUAUGGUCUGGAAUGAUUGGAGGGACUAUGAUGCAGACUUUUAUUCUACUAUGGGUGACUUUUCGCACAGAUUGGAAUAAAGAGGUGGAUAAGGCCAAGAGUCGAUUGGAGAAAUGGGGGGAGAAGAAGCAGCCUCUUCUAAACAAGUGAAGCCCAAAUAUAGCUGGUGACUACUACUACAACUACCCUUCAAUGAAAACCAUUUAUUGGGGUUUUUCCCACUAAAGGGAGGGAGGGACUCAGUUCAUAGUGUACCCAUUUUCGAAUUGGGCCCUUAAAUUUAGCCAUAGUAAGGGCCCCGUUAUUGACACUGUGAUUAAUUUAAUUUAGUUUUUAUGUUUUAUACUCAUUAUUAAUAACUUUCAUUUCACAUUUCAUAAAAAAAAUAACUUUCAUUUCACUAGUAUUAGUAUAUAUGUAUUUUAUGAGUGAUUGGUGACAUUAUAUCUCUUUUUUUUCUUCUA